GCCCAAAAAUCCGUUCGAGCAAAAUCAUCAAUUAUGUAAAGAGACGGGGGAGAAAAGCGUGCAAAGGAGGAAGAGAAAGAGAAGAAAAAAGAUUGUGAGGAAUGCUAGCGACAGGAUUCGCAAGCACGCUGAAGCAAAGCAAAACAAAAAAACAGAAGAAAGAGAGAAGGAGAAAAGCACAGCAACGUGCAAUGAGAAUUAACCAUAUACCCCAGGGCGAAAGCAACCAAUGCGCACCGAUCCGGCGUUUUUCCCAAUUACUAUUUUCCUUUGUUAGUAGUACGUACAGGGCAUUUUUUUUGUUUUAUUUGUUUUUCUCGUGCGCGUGUUUAUCUGUGCCUUUUUCCCUUUUCACAAAUGUACUACUUAUGGCAACUUGUUGCGUUGUUCCUUUGCAAUUGGUUGGUUUGGCCAGACACAGGUUUAGAUUGAAAAAAAAAAUACGCGCGAGGUAUGGCGAGACACAGUACGUAGCCAUUGUGUCACGCUGGGAUUUGUGAAAUCGCGAGGACUGGGGGGCCCCGGGGGGGGGUUGAGAGCAGGUUAAAAAAAAACGAUAUGCCGCGGGGGUGUGGGUUGGAAGGAAGAGGCGCCGCAUGGUUUGUAUUGGUUGCCAGUUUGCGGCAACGGGGGUGUUUGGGUGGGUGGGGGAAUUUUACUAGCGGCCAUGGUUUGCUGAAUUCAUCUCCUGAUUUCA